GGCCGGUACCUGGUAGGUCGGUAUGUGGGCGAUGGUGGGGAGCAGGAGCAGGGUGCGAGAGAAAGAGAGAGAGAGGAUAGCGACGCGGAUCUGCUGACCGAGCCGGGGUAUGUGUGGUACAUGUAGGUCAUCAUUCAUGCGUUUCGCUCUCUCUGGCUCCCUCCCUCUCUCCCUUGGGGAGGGGAGGGGGGGGACACCGUUCCGCUCCAGCGUUUAUACCGGCACGCCGUUUACCUUGGCCAGCGUGCGGGCUGUCCACCCCUCCACACCCACCCCAGCGCCCGUAGCCCUCGGGUGGCUCGUCACCGUCGUCGUCGUCGUCGUCGACCAGUGGCGGAGGAGGGACGACGAGGAACAAGGAGGUGGGCGCGAGCGCAGGGGGGGAGUGGCUGUAGACCCCGCGAGAGAGAGAGAGAGAGCAGGUCUGGGUCACCAAGGCAGAGGCAGCGCCAGAGGCGCGUACUCCCCCCUCCCACCCGCCUGUGUGUGUGCCUAUCGAGGCGUGGGUGGGCGUAGCGUGGGCAGGCAGCCAGCCAGCUCCGUAAUGCUGUGUAAGCGGCCUAGCUCGUCUGCGGAGAGAGAGGCACGCACACGCACACGCACGCUGGGACGAUGGAUCGAUGGGAUGGCGAUGGGGUUGGACGGGUGGACGGGUGGACGGGGGGGGAUGGGCGGCCCCCAAACGCGCUGAGAAACCCGGACAUGGAUGGGUUAUAAUAACCUGGCGUGCGGUCAGGUAUCAAGUAUAGCGCGGCAGGCAGGCAGGCAGGUAAGUUGACGUGUGUGUGUGUGUGUGUGUGUGUGCUUGCGGGCGUGAACGCUUCUUCCUCGGGUCUUCUGGACAGCGCAGCACUCUCUCCCUCCUCUCGCCCUGCUCAUCCCCGAGGCUCGUCCUCCAGGCGGGC